ACGCGCAACCGCAAUCUUUAAAAACACACAAUCUACUGGGUUCCAAUCUCGCCCUUGUACCCAACAACCGCAAUCAUGGACACCACCACACAGUCGCCCAUUACCGUAAUCGUCAAUAGCAUCCGCGGGCAAAACAUCGCGUUCGCUACAGAGAAGGAUGCACCUCUCACUUCCAUCUACGACACACUCUACGAACGCGCACCUUGGAUACAAAACUCAUCCUACAUCCUCACCACCAACUCGCGUCGAUCAGUCCGCCAUGACACAACACCCAUCUCAUCACUGCUUUCUUCGCCGGCAGACACAUUUCUCUCCCUGCGUCUGACUGUACCGUUAUGUGGUGGCAAAGGUGGUUUUGGAUCGAUUUUGCGCGCCCAGGGUGGUCGCAUGUCCUCGCGCAAGAAGAAGCAAGGCGAUGCAAAUGGCUCGUCUCGCAACCUGGACGGACGACGCCUGCGCACAGUCACCGAAGCCAAGAUACUCGCUGAGUACCUAGCCAUCAAGCCGGAGAUGGAGCAGCGAGAAAAAGACGAGCGUAGGAAGAAGUGGGAGGAUAUCGUCGAAAGCACCGAGCGAAAGCAGGAUGAGCUCAUGAACAGCAGAGGCACAGCACGUCUAGAUGGAAAAUGGGUAGAGGACAAAGAGGAAGCGGAGAACAAGACACGAGAGGCUAUCGAGAAGAUGCUCAUGGCACAGCGGGAAAGCUCAGAGGAAGAUGAAGACGAUGUCCAGCCGACUGCUUCUGCAUCAAAGCCAGUGCAGCAGCGGGCUAUGUUCGGCUGGGAUGACGAAGACGAUGAAUUUAUGAGUGACAGUGAAGAAGAGGACGAAGUUUCUGAAGAGGAUGCCCAACCCGUUGUUGAGGGCAAAGGAAAAGCAAGGGCCACUUGAGGUUAUCCGGAUAAGCUUGGGACUGGAUAUGAGGCGGUUUGAUCAUUAGCAGCAUGCACGGGCGUUAAGGUGACUUUUUGAGCCAUACAUAGAUACCCAAUACCACAGUAAUCUUCUCAU